GACCUUCCGUACAGCAUGGCAGCCCCCGAAGGUGUCGCACACAGCAGUGCCUUACGUCCAACAUGGCCGCCUACAAAAUGCGUAUCGCAGCCCCUCCCACCCGGCCACCGGAAGUUUCUAUUUGAAACACAGGCGGCAGACCCGAGCAGCAUUGCGGCAGUUGCCGUGGAGCAUCUUUUGAAUCAGAGCGACGAAGACUGCGGACAGGAGCUACUGGCGACUGGGGCCCAGCCUUGCCGCCUCGUCACUAUGACUAGCGUGGUUAAGACCGUGUACACACUACAGCCCGCCUCUGUGCUGAGCGGCGGCCCACCCGCAGACACACAAGCUCGAGCCACUUCUAAGAGCCUAUUACCUGUUAAGUCCAAAGAAGUCGAUGUUUCCAGACUUCUUCAUUCAGGAAGUUCAGAGAAUGAUGUUACAAAAAUCGUCAAAUCAAGACGAGACAAGGGUCAGGUGAAAGCUGCAGAUAUUGCCAUCAAGAAGAACAUCAAAAAGAGCUACAAACCACUGAGUAAGCAGAAAUCAGAGGAAGAGCUCAAGGAUAAGAACCAGCUCUUAGAGGCUGUCAACAAGCAGUUGCACCAGAAGUUGACUGAAACUCAGGGAGAGCUGAAGGACCUGACCCAAAAGGUGGAGCUGCUGGAGAAGUUUCAGGACAACUGUUUGGCAAUUUUGGAGAGCAAGGGCCUCAACCCAGUUUUAGGCAGCGAGUAAUCCACCACGGAUCACACGGACUCUAUGUUGCUGUUAGAAACUUUGCAAGAUGAGCUGAAGCUUUUUAAUGAAACAGCCAAAAGGCAGAUGGAGGAGUUACAGGCUUUAAAAGUAAAGUUGAAGAUGAAAGAAGAAGAGAGGGCUCGGUUCCUAGAACAGCAGACCUUAUGUAACAGUCAAGUAAAUGAUUUUACAACAGCUCUUGAGGAAAUGGAGCAGCUAUUAGAAUUGUGAUAAAAAGCAAGUGGCCACUUGGCUCCCUCAGAUAAACUCUCAGAGGAAGCCGCUAAAAGGACAUCUGCCUCUUGGCCAUGAUCUUCUAGGACUCACCAUCCCCAGAGUGAAAACAGUUUCUGCAGUAGAAUUAAGGACAGUUUAUGCUGGAGUGGUGGUUCCUCCUUUAAACAAGUGUUCCCAACCUUCAGAUUGCCCAGCUCUUCUGAACCUCACAUGUACGUAAUUGAGCUCUACAAGAGGAGGGCCUGGAACCUUGGAUCAACUCCUAAGCAACAAAACAGCACACCAUUAGAACCAAGAGACUAAACCAGCCACGGCCAGAGGAUCCAAAAAGUCACAUUCGAUUGUGUGGGAAGAAACCCCUAACCCCUAAUUGUACAGUGGAGCGCAGGUGCUCCACAGGAGGCAUCGUUAAGGAGCCAUGCUGUUCUCUUCUAACUUGGAACACAUUCCUUUCCAUCUUGGUUGGGCUCUAUACCUCAUCGUAAAUUUAUGAACAUGAAGUUACUUGAAAUGGCUUAAUAAAUGGGGUAAAGGUAUAGAUAGCAAUAACACCUACCUGAAACAAUAUACCUUGGAGCUUUUAAUCUAAAUCACUUCGUUUUUUUUUUAUAAAGUACUACUUUUAAAAUAAAUAUUUCUGUUUCUAUUUGGAUUACAACAUUGAGAAAUGAAAAUAGGCUUUUAACCUAAAACUGUCCAUUGAAUACUAUUGAGCUAAUCUAACAAGUUCUGAUUUUACCCAGAAUAUUUUUCUUCUACUCAUUAAGUACUCUGUGCUUACCCACCUGCUCCACCCCUACCCCAUCUUCCAGGAAUAUUAGUCUUCUGAGGGUAUUCCCUAUUGUGGCAGUGGGUGCCAGAGUCUGUCCACCAAGUUUGUGGCACUAGCCGCCUGUGUUCUCCUUCAUUCCUAGGCAUGGUUAUAUACCUGCAAUUUGUUUUACACAGCCAAUCGUGGACCUGGCCCCAAUGGAUCCUUAACCAGGCCGACCCUCCUGGUUUACCAAAGGCACGGCCUGGUUUCUUAGUCAAACCAGACAGGCUUUGGCCAAGUCCCAUUUUUUCUGCACCUCCCAGGUUUUUUUCACCUAAUUCCCCCCACCAUUCAGCAUUACUGCGGCUACCCAGAGCCACGCCAACAAGCCAAGUAAUGCUCCCAGCCUAGCUUAACAGGGCUGAAAUUCUUAGCUUUCACACACAAACAUUCAUGCAGUUGGCUAUGUCCCAAAUAUUUGGAGGUGGAAACCCAGCUAAUUCUUGCCAGUGAGAUGGGCCAAAUGUUUUUUUUCUACCUAUUUCCAGGAUGUUUAUAGUUUAAAAGAUUGUUCAUCCAAAUGAAUAUUUUUUGAAGAACUAAUUGGCUUUAAUUAAGCGAUUUACGAAUCAGGCAGCAUCCUAUCUAGCAACUAGAAGGGCAGUCCCCAAGUGAAUUUUUAAUUGCAAUUUCUGGCCCCCCCAAAAAGUUCUACUUCCUUCUUGGAAAGAGUCGAAAAUUCAUUUGUGGGAUCCUCACCUCCUUAUCAUGCCUCCCUAGUUAACUCCUAAGAAUGUAUCUCAAUGUCUUGUUACCCAUCUUUCCCAAUGUAGAGACCCUGUUCUCUCAUGGCCUGGUCUCACCAAGGGGCCAUUGCCUCACAAUUCAACUUUGUGCCACCAGCCAGCACUUGUGCACCCUUGCCUUUUAUUCCUUCCGACCUCUACUCUGCUCCCUCUGCCUAUUAUACAUGUAGCUGUGUUCUGGGUGUUUAAUCUGAUCUGGAGCCUGACCACAUUUAUACAUAAACUCAGCAAAUACUGAUUUGCACCCUCCACUUUGCUAGAUGCUAUAGGAAACUUUAAUGUAGCAUGACAUUCUUAACCUCAAAGAUGUUUACAGUCUAUUUGGUGAAACAAAACAUGCAGGUGAUAUACAAGUUAAAUAACAAAAAAAUACAAUAGGCUGUGUGAUAAUAGUUGUAUCCUAUAGGAGUUAGUGAACUACAGGCUAGUUUGCUUGGGGAAGGCUUGAUGGGGGUAGACCGGGGAUUGAAAGAAAAGUAACAGAGAAAGGCCAGCUAGAAAUUUGAGGGCCUUCCAGGUUGGUGAACACGUGGAGAUUUGAGGAGAGUGGCAUGGUUAGAGAGGGCAUGGAAGUUCCACAUCCUUUCCCCACAUACACAUCUCUUACAUCUGGCUGUUCCUGAGUUAUAUCCUUUUAAAAUAAACUGGUAAUCUAGUAAAAACGUUUUGCUGAGUCUAUGAGGUGCUCUAGCAAAUUAAUCAAACCCAAGGAGGGGAUCAUUGAAACCUCUAGGGAUAAAAUAAAAUGAAAGAUUGGAGAAAAAAAAAAAAGGGAAUAUCCAUUUAUAGAACCGAGUAAGAAUACUGGUUGGGCUUAUUGAGAGGGUUCAGAU